GUUAUUUCAAAACAAGAGUCUGCUGAUAGAGAUCACUCAAAAACAGCAGGUAAAGAAAUAGAUUAUAGUCAGUGACCUGAGUCCUUAUAGUCUGUAAGAGCCGUUGAUGGGCCUUUGCCACACAGCACCCAUUUUGUCCCGAGAAACUGAAGUAGCUUAGUUACCUGUCUAGCCUCGUUCCCAAGUUUUUCACUACAAGGUUGAGGGUGGUAAAACGAACCUUUUUCAGUCUCUCGGGACAAUAACAAAACAUUUAUGAAAAAUCAUUGCAUUGUAUAUGUGUUCAAAGAUAAUUAAAGUUUGUAAAAUUUUAUGGUAUUUAGUAUCCGACAGUGCUGGAUCCAGACCUUGAGAUAAGGGGGGCCCGGUCAUCCAGACCUUAGAUAGGGGAGCGGUCUCCCAAAACAUUUUUUUUUGCCAUUCAGGCCUUGUCAGUUUGGUCUAAAAAUAAGAAGGGGGCCUGGGCCCCCUGGGCUCCUUCCCUGGAUCCACCACUGUCCGAUAUCCAAACCAACGUCACAGUUGUGAUCUUCUUAAUGUUUUCUCUUCAUGAAUUACUAAUGAGUCUUAGAAUGGGUCUGGAAUAUCUUUUUUCAUGUGUUUGAUUUAAUAGUUUUUUUACAGUUUUUGAUUUAAUAGUUUUUUUACAGUUCUUGAAGUGAAUGCAAACUGAAAUUCCUAUGUAAACAUGCAAAUGGCAGUCAAAAUACCUACAGUCCCGUGUUUUCUGAGCAUUGCGAGUGUGGACAAACCUACUUGCCGUAAAAACCUAAUUAAAUCAUUGCUUAAAAUACUUGUUCAAGUUUGCAGGAUAAUUUAGCAAAAUGAAAUGUAUUUUUCUACUAUGGAGGAAUGUAGUGUUAGUGUGCAUUGUUUUGCAAAAGAGAGCAUAACGUACGUCAUGACAGUGAAUAUUUUGUAACACGGAGUCUUGGGUCUGCUCUUAGGUUAGGUUGAGCUUUAAAUAUUGUACGGUUCAGUGUAUAGGCCACUUUUAUAUUGCCCAUAAUACACCUUGGUUACCACCCAUAAUUUGGCAAAGUAUUGUUUUCUCUUUUUAAUUCCUAUGCAAAAUUUGUCUGGAGUGAGGCGGGGGUACAAGGCAUGUCUUAUCCGCUGUAUCAUAUGUAGAAGUAGCGAAUUGCAUUUAAUUCAUACAUGUCAAAUGAACAUUUCAGAUGACAUAACGCACUAAUUAAACUGAUCUGAUCAUGCGCAGUGUUGGUUCCUGUGGUCGCAGAAAAAUAAUUUCUCAAACGUGUUCGUAAAGAGAAAACAAAGAAAAUCACAACUUACCGUGACGGUGGUUUGGAUAUCAGAUAAUUAUUAUCAUAAAAUUUUGCGAAAUUUAUCUUUGACUUUCCCCAAGAAUUGUACCAUAAAUGAUUGAUGGAGACACGUGUACCUCGAAGUCGGUCUUUAAAAACUUUGCUACGCCUCGUUUUUCAAACCACUUCUCGGUGUCUGGAUAUCAGAUGAAACCGUGCCUGUCAUUUUUUAUAUAUUACUUUUCAAACUCGUUAAUUAUUCAUGAUCAUGCAGUCAAAAGCCAAUAAAUGACAACCAUUUGGGUCAGGUGGAUGAUCAUGAAUCUUCAUACCUUAUGAAACACCAGGUAAAACACCACCAGGUUAUCAUCUGAGGUAAAACGUGUUUUUUAUCUGAGAUCAAACACUUGCAUUUUAAUGGUGUUUUAUUGAUUAACACAACUCAUGGAAACAAUGAAAUACCAGAGAAAACAUUUCACAGCAUAAUUUCUUAUUGUUUCAUCUGAGAAGACAUCACGGCCUUGUGCUUUCAUCUGUUUCUUGGUGUUUGGAACCCAUGAUGAAACAUUCUCCCUCGUUUUUUACAUAUUAUACGAAAAUCUCUAUAGUCUCCUAGUUAAAUGUAGAUUCAGCAGGGUAAUGGAUCAUUUUAAAACCAUAGUUUUUGGUACUGUCACUGUUAUGUGUCUUUGAGACUCCUUGUUACAAGGUGUAACAAACUCACUUCAAGUCUAAAAUGACUGUUAAACUCGGCUUCGCAAAAUAACAUGAUUUUUCAAUGUCUAUUUAUUAUUGCCCAUGCAUGCUGAAUAAUUCAUCUGCUCACCACCUUGUACUGACAAAUCACUAUAUUUUGCUCAUGCUUGUAAAAUAAUUAUGUUAGUUCACAACAGCUUAAGAGACUUGGUCUUCAGCUGUGAGUGUGUUAAUGCACCAACAAUUCUCAAGUUGAGAUCGACACCCAUGGCUGGAGACAUUGUAAACGACUGUGGCAAUCAGUGUACGAAGCCCUAGAGCUUCUCCUUGCUCUCUUCCAUAGGCCACAUCUGAUAUUCACAAGUGCAGUUAAUUUUGAAAUUCCUCCACCAAAUGAUUCGUACCUUAAUUUAUUAGACUACUAAUUGAUGUUUAUUCACCGCAAUGUAUCAUAUACGCUGUAGUUUUUGUUAAUGUUAUGUUUUUUAUGCAAUGGUUAGGAUCCGAGAUGUCAGAAUCUUCACAGGAUGGCAGCUGUGAUGACAUCACAGUCCAGGUUAUAACUGGAGUCCCAUCUAAAGAUGAUAGAAGCAACCCUGAAGGGGACCCUCCUAAGCUUAAUAAAGGUCUUCCAUCCUCCACUGAUAUUAAGGCAAUAACCAAACCUUCAAAAGAUGCUGAUCUGCCUGUUGACAUUCUGUUACUUACAGUUACAAACUGUGAGUUCUUAGCUUGUUAUAGUGAGCUAAAAAACCCCUAUAGAUGUUGGUUUGAUGGUCUUGGCUAUGUUUACUUUUCUGAUGUGGGUGAAAGUCAAGAGGAGUUGAAAGUUGCUUUAUUAAGAUGUUACAGAAAUGGUAUUGGUCCUGGUGGUUCUCUUGUGUCUGUAAAGAAUGCAUCCUCUGUGCUAAGACCCAAAGCAGUUAUUUCUGUAGGCACAUGUAGUGGCCUAGAUCCUGCAAAAUCCAAGUUAGGAGAUGUUGUUGUGUCUGCGAAAUUAGCAACAUAUGCAUCGAAAGUAGUGACCAGCAAUCAAGAGCAGUCAACGGGUAUGAGAAGUUAUGUGAGCAAACGCUUUCUGAAUGUCAUUAAAAAUUGUACUGAUGGCUGGCAAGCACCUUUGCAGGAUCCUGAAGCUCAGCACGUUCAAGUUUAUACUGAUGCUGAGUUUUUGAGUGGACCGGAACAAAUCAGAGCUGAGUGGCGGCGUGAUCAACUUGCUGAAACCAAUCCUCAGGCUAUGGCAAUAGAAAAUGAAGGAGAAGGUGAGUAGACUUUUUAAUAUGCAGCCAGCCUUAGGAAGUGCAUGCAGUCAGGUCUCUUUUAACUCUAUAGAUAUGUUGGUUGCUUUUGAUUCAGUGUUGAUCUCAAGUCAUUGCGCCGAUUGUUUGCUUGUUCGAGUUUAAUACACCCAUAUUAUAAUAAUUUUUUCGCUGAAAAGAUGGGGCUGCCCUCCCAAUUUAUGGGUCUUUAUUGUUCAGUUGUUAGAGCACUGUCAUGCUAACAGAGAGGCUAUGGGUUCAAAUUCCCUUGAAGCUCCCCUCCCCUCCUUAAUUUUUUUUCAGGUUAAUUUGCAAUCAUUGCUUAGAUUGCUAUUACAAUUACAACAAUGUUAUAUCUGCAAAUUAAACCCAAAGAAAACAAAAGAUACGUGUGGGAAAGGUGCCUGGUGAAACUGAAGGGAGUUGCAAGCGAGCCUAGAAGGUAGCCAUGACAACCCUAUGAGUGGCACCGACCAGGCACUGUCACUCUGAGACCUUCAGUGGAGAAAUGCACAGAUACAUACCAAAAAACAUCCAAAGGGAAGGAAGGGCUGGGAGCAAAAAAUGCGAAAGCAACAUAGCAACAUGAGCAAAAUGAUUGACUAUAGGGAAAGUGCUGUAAAAUACAGUGAAACCUCUAUUAAGCGGACACCUUCAGGACCUCUUCCCAAGUGUCCACUUAAUAGAGGGUGUCUGCUUAGUAGAGGUUUGUAAGAAUUGCGCAAUGUUUGUCAACGAUUAACAUUCAACGGUUACUCUGUACUGUGAUAAAGUUGCAUGUUGUUAAAGAAGUUAUCCAGAGUUCAACUUCAUUACCUUCCAUUACCAACUUUAAUUUGCUUCCAAAUGCAAAAACAUUAACUUUUACAUUACACAUUUCAAGGACGUAAUCUAAUUGUGCUAUUGACAUUUCAGUUCGGUGUCCGCUUACUAGAGGUUUUCGACAAUAGAAAUUAUCCAAAUACAAUUCAUUUUAGUGUCUACGUCCGCCUAAUAGAGGUGUUCACUGAAUAGAGGUUCCUUGUAAAGGAAAAUAUAGGACGUUAAUUUCGGAACCUGGCUUAGUGUCUGCUUAACAGAGGGUGUUCGCUUAAUUGGGGGUCUGCUUAAAAGAGGUUUCACUGUAUUCUUAAGCCCAAGACCACCCCAUAUUCGAUUAGUGAUGCAUGGAGACUGCUGCCUAAAUUACAUUUAGCCACAUUAACCCAACGGCAAUAGAUGGGUGUGGGGAAGGUGCAUGGUGAAACUGAAAGGCAUUGCAAGUGAGCUUGGAUGGUAACCAUGACAACCCUGUGAGUGGUACCUACCUAAACCAGUCUACAGGUGCUUGAAAAAAAAGGGGGGACAGCGAACAGGGGAUCGAGUCACAGGACCUAGUCCCCCCAAGGGCAUUAAGCACCAACCCCAAACUCCCUUGCAAUAAAAACUAAAAGCAACUCACCACUGAAGAAUGGAGGCCGUAAUAGUGAACAGGAGAGGAAAGAAGACAGCAAACCUUGUGUGACAAGUGUGACAGUAAUUUUGUUUCAAAUAACGUUUUGCCAAACUUCACUUUCCUUUAAACAGAUCUUUUUGUAAAAGACCAGAAAACAUGAAUGUUAAGCGAAGAUCUCUACAAAACACGCAAGUAAUAGCCUUGUCACGUUUGUCACGCAUACGUGUAUUGCGUCCUUUUGCGUAAACCCACUAAUACGUGCCUGAAGCAUGUCCGCCAGAGCAAAGCCACGAGCUGCCCAUAACCUCAAUCCAAACUGACACGACUGGGAAGGAGGCAGUACAGUUCACAUCCUCUACAUUUUUCAUCUGUCUUCCAACUCCAGUGAGCUUCGUUUUUUUUUUCUUUUUUAUAGAAAGUUAGGCAAAAUAAUGUAAGCUAUAUUGAUGUUGGACCGUCUUCAACUUUAACUCAAGUGCCAUUUUCUUUGUUGUUCUAUAGGAGUGUUUACAGCAGCAUUUGACUGUCAAAUUGAGUGGUUAAUUGUAAAAGGGAUAGCUGAUUACGCAGAUGGUUCUCAGUUGCCUUCAGCGAGUUGGUCUUCCUGUGCCAGUGUGAUGGCAGCAUCUCUUGUCGCACACAUUUUGAGUGAGCCCUGUGUUUUUUGUUCAUGGCCUCACUACCAAGGUAAAUAUUUCACAUAAUGUUAUGUCCCUUUUUGUCAUGUUGUUUUACGGAAACUAGGGGUGUGUUACAGUGUACUUCCUUGAUGUCGUCAUAAGCUCAACACUGCAUUAUAGGGUAGGUGCCACACAUGACAUCUUUGUCUGUUUAAAACAGCUUUUUAAUUGAAUUUGAUUAUAUUGGUCUAGAUUAUUGUCAUGGUUUCUUCAAGGAACCUACAAACUGUAAGAACAUUGAUUAGAAGAGACCUCUUGUCAUUUUAAACCAAAAAGAGAUUAAAUUACAGUUAUGUAACUGAACCAAAAAAGUUGUGGAUUUUGUUGUAAAAUACAUGUAGGGUAUAGAUUAGAAGAACCUUUUUAGGUUGAACAACCGCCACCAAGUGUUCUUAGCUGAUGAGUCAGUUUUUUCCAGUAGUUGUAUUGAGCUGACCACAAAGCUACAUGUGUAUAUUUCUUUUUUCAAGUGUUAAAACUACACUUGAUAUGCACUUCUAGUGACAUUAUUAGUAGAAGUUAUUUCUAGUAGAUUUCUUGAAUGUAAGUUAGAGUUGUCUUUUUGUUGAAGAUAUAUCAGAGCAGAGCUCAGCCAACAGAUCAAAGGAACAAAUACCAAGUCCUUCAGGUAUCAAUUUAUGUCCCCAGUCCUCACCAAUCCGGAUAUUCUUUGAAACCACAUUUUUUUUGUACAUGGAUAGGAUGCAGAUGAAUGAGCGGAUUCACUGAUUUAGUGUUGAGGUUAAGUGCAGUUUUGUGAUAAAGAAAAUGUGUGGUUUUAGAAAUAUCCACAUUCAUGUGGACAGGGCCUGAAUGUUUAAUGCUACAUGUACAUUGUACUUGUAAGCAGUCCAAUAUGUUACAAUAAGAUACAUUUUCCGUUCAUUUUCCCUUCCUCUUGUUUUCUUGUUUCUUUCUCUUUUUUAGUUUUAAUUUUUUUUGUUUUUUUGUUUUUCGUCAUGGUAAAUGUUUUUGGAACUCUCAUGUCAGGGUUGUUGUGUACAUUAGCUAUUAAUUGGGCAAAAUUUGUUUCGAGUUAAUCAUCAUGACAUUUUGAUUUUCUAAUACUAAAUUGGAAGGGGAGGCUAGUACAGUGUAAACUAACUGUAGUGUGAAAGUUUUGAAAUCUAUACUGAGGGACUUGUCAGAAAUUAGCAGCAGGGGAGGGGGGUGGAAACAGAGGGAGGGUCACAACUUUUUGAGACUCAGAAAAGGGAGGGGUCAUGAAAAAUGGGCCGUUAAAAGGGGGAGGGUCAUGCAAAUAUAGGCCCGUGAUCAUGGAAGAGGUUCACCUGCAGAAGAAAAAGGAAGUUCCUUAUUUAGUACAAAAAAAGAAAAAAAUUAAAGAACAAUGGAACAUUAUGGAUAUAAACUGUGAAGUACUAUUGCAAGAAUUUAACAAACAUCUACUUUUCAUUUAUUACACGGCAAUGCUAUAGAGUCUUAUCGCAUUUUUAUUAUGAAUAAUGUUGUUAUUAAUGUUAUUAGAGUUUUGGCUAUCCUUUUCAUCACUGUCUUCAGCGUCACCAUCAAUGCUGCUGUGAGCAUCUCGAUCAUCAUCAUUUAUGUCAUCAGCAUUGAUCAAUCACUUUCAUCAUCAUCAUGAUUUUCAUUUAAGUUGAAGGGUAGAUAUUGCUUGAUAAUGUCCUGUGAUUCAUUGGUGAACAACCCUUCUCAAAGGCAUAUUGGAUAUAUGGCCUUUGUGUUUUUAGGAGCCCACUUAUUCCUUCAUAAUGAAGAGAUAAUGGGCCGAUAGGCUCUGUAACAUUAUGCGACUCUUGCUGAGGUGCAAUGGUUUCAAUAACUUUUUUGCAGUUAGCUUCCAUUCUUUUUGCCCUAGCUUUUUUUGCUUUCCUUUUAUUUUGUCUUUGUUUCCUUUUUUCUUGUUGGCUUGGAAUACUGCACCUUAAAGAGCCUGUAACAUUAUUCUUUCAAUUCUGUAAGGUGGGGAGGGUCAUGAUAUUUUAGGCCAAGCUUAAGGGGAGGGUUAGCAAAUGUCACUCCCAUUGAAGGGAUGGGUCACCUAAUUUCCGAACCCAAAUUUAAAAUUCCCACUCCCCCCCUCCCCCCUGCUAAUUUCGGACAAGUCCCUGAUUAUCUCAAAAAUUGUUCAACAAGUCAGUCUCGCAAUUAAACCGUCGGUUUAAAACUUGGUAAUAAGCUUAACACAUGCAGAAUUAUCUUGCUCCAGUGUUAACCUUAUUAGGCCCUAUAAUCAAUUCUUGAGAGAAAAUAUCCACGCUUAGAUGAAAAUGACCGUACUAGGUAAACUGCCAUUAGGGAACUUAAGAACCACGACGGAGUUCACGACGACGACGUCUGUUGACUGGGAAAAGACUGGAACGAGAACGUCAGUUUCGACGGGAAAAAGGAAACUUAAGAUGCAGUCGGUCGGUAGGUCGACGACGACGACACUGAAUGUAAACACAAAUGUAAACUGUGAUGUUCGUUCGCAACAAAGUUUUUCGCAAUGGCGUCUUUUAAAACAACGCAAGAUCUUAUUUUUUAAGCCGUGCGCCUAAUUUCAUGGACGAUGGAGAAUUUUUUGAGUUGUCUGACCUUUACGAGUGGAAAAACACCUGCUUUCCGUACAAAGAUUAUUCAACUUUCGACCUGAAUGAGAUGACCGAGUCCGAGUGCCUGUCAGAGUUUAGAUUUGGAAAAAGCGACAUUCUGAUGUGAUAGCUGUUUUCCAUAUAAAGUUUAUUUCCUCCUCUAUAUUAAAGAUACAUGAUUUGUCUUACCUAAAUACGCACAAAUAAAUUUAUCACUUACGAGUUCGCUCGCUCGGCCUCCACAGCUGUUGUCAUUCUUCGAAGCGGUAAAAACAAUUCAUUAGUCGAAGUUUAAAUCAACAUCGCUUGCUAGGAGAAAAAAGGAACGAUACCUGGAUUCAAGAGGAUAAGAAAAUGCAAAGGACUUCAAAAAUCGCUUAAAACAGUGGAUUUAUACCUGCCAAGGCUUGUGGAUUGCAGGACGACGUGAUUCUACUUUGUUUGGCGUCGUCGACGAGACCACGACGACGAAAUUUACUGGUCGCGCUUGCGCAGUAUUCCGUAACUCACUUCCGGUCGUCGUCGACAAAGUCGUCGUGGUGGUUCUUAAGUUCCCUAUUGUCACUGCUACCACAAAACUGUUCAAUCAACUCAGUCCUACUACUCCUAGAAUAGGAUAAAAGAUUUAAGAGAAUUACCUUUUUAUAAACAGAUGCUGCCUUUUUGGAGUGGAGUCAAAGUCAGCUGUGUUCAUUCUACAACAGUACCGCGAACCAGGUAAUGAUUACUCCUUGGGACCGGGAUAACACCAUGGACAUUGAUGAGGUGCAUGUGCAGUUAACACUGCUAAGAGAUGACAGAAAACUUGCUGGAACAACACAAGAAGAGCUUGAAGAUUACAGUGAGAUAUUCGCAAGCCAUGGUCAUCAUCAAACUCCUAAGAGAAUUUUAGUGUAUGGGAGGCCAGGAAUAGGAAAGUCAACAUUGACAAAGAAACUUGUCGUGGACUGGUCAAGAGGUAAUAAAGAAAUCCUAAAGAAGUUUGCUGUUGUACUUUUAAUCAAGCUCCGAGAUGUUUACAACACGAAAGACUUCUGUGCUGUGCUAAAGAAGGCCAAACUAUUGUCUGCUGACGACUCUGUGGUUUUUGGUCAGUUGUAUGAUUACAUUCGUCGUAAUCAACAGAAAGUCCUACUUAUUUUCGACGGCUAUGAUGAAUACAGCGCCGAAAAAUCAUCGCCAGUUCAUCUGAUUUGGAAAGGUAGUCAGUUGAGAGAUUGCACUCUUCUUGUGACAACGCGACCGCUGAAAAAAGAUGAGUUAAGACCAGGGAGUCAUGCUCAGUUUGAAAUUUAUGGGUUUCGUCUUUGGCAAAUUGAAAAGUUUGCUCUCAAGUUCCUUCGUGAUCAAACAGAAGUAAACAAGUUUACAGAAUUUCUAUUUGGACGCGGCCUGUUGCGCUUGGCGGAAAUACCACUCCUACUGUUAAUGUUGGUUCUAAGCUGGAAGAAAUAUCAAGGACCAUUAACAUCCCGCUCAGACCUGUAUUACAAAUUUUGUCAGACGCUGCUUGAUCACGUUACCGCCAAAACAUCAGAUGAGACACUUAGGAGCUUGGAUGAAUACAGAGAAGACCUCGUUAAGUUAGGGGAACUUGCCUGGCAGGGACUUUUAAAUGACUGUCUUUAUUUCGAGCUCAGCAACUUGUCUAAGGACAUUAGGUUAUUCCUUGAAAAGUUUAUCGAUUUUGGCUUUCUACAGACUUCUAAUCUUUCAGACUCUCCUCAUCCUGAGAAACUGGCGUUCUUUCUUCAUAAAUCGGUGCAAGAAUUCCUUUCCGCUUGGUUUUUAGUUCGUGAAUUAAAAAAUGCCAAGGAAUCCUUCAACUGUCUGUCUAUGGUCGACUCAUUUAAACGUUUUACGGAGCUGUUUGAAGUUUUCGAAUUUGUGUCUGGGUUGUCAUCAGAAGCUACCGUUGCUGUUUUUCGUCAUCUGAAGAUGAUAGGAGAAAAAGAAGGUCUGGCAGGUUACAACUUCUGUGAAAACCCUUCUGUUACGGAACUCACAGAAAAACAAAGAAAGUUUUAUCAUAUCAGUCUCGAAUUGUUCCUUUCCUGCCCCACAUCAGAAAGGCAAGCUGUCUAUCCUUCGUUUCUACAAAGUAUUAACGGUGUUAUAAUAAUAAAUGUUGAUAAUGAACUGCCUGCAGUUGCUAGAGAACAUUGUUUGAGAUCAACAAGUUCCCUUAAGCCAGAUUAUGUAUUUUUUACAUGUGAGGAACCAUUGGUAUUUAAUAGUAGAUUUGGGCCUGAUCAAACGUUCUCUGUCAUGUCCGAUUUGGAUGCUGUUUUUGUGACAUGUUAUGGUGAAGUACAAUCCGUGAAUACUUACCCUGCUUACCACGAUGGAGUCCCUUACCCGUGUUUCAUUAAGAAAGUUGGACAUCGAUUAGUGUUCUUUGCAUAUCGCCUUUAUCACGGAGGACUGACCAGUGCGAAAUUCAUUGAACUGCAUAGAUCAUCAACAUCAGCAUCAAAGUCUUCUCUUCAAGAGCCUGAUCACGUGUUACAGAAUCAUGAUAUUUGCAACUCUUUGGAUUUAACUGAAAAAACAUCUGACCAGACUCUGACCCACUCUCUGUCAUAUUUGAGUGACAUUGAAAUUCAGGGCCCAACAAGUGAACUUGUCAGUUUACUGAAUAAUCUUCACCAUGUGCCUCGACUAUCUGUGCUCCAUUUAUGGAAUGUUGGUAUGGGGAAUCAAGAGUGUCAGUUACUUGCCACUGCUUUAAAGUAUGUUCCUAAGUUAGGCUUACUGAGGUUAUCAUGUAACCCAAUCGGUCACGGGAUCAGUGAGCUUGCCAAACACCUUUACAGUGUACCUUAUCUGGAAGAGCUGUGGCUGUUUAAUAUACAAAUGGGUGAAGAGGAAGUCACAGCUUUAGCUCAUGGUUUACACAGUGUAACUUUUCUGAGACACCUAUCCUUAUCAUACAACCCACUUGGUCACGGGAUAAGUGAACUUGCCAAACACCUGCACAAUGUACCUCAUCUGCAAGGGCUGUACCUGGAUAAUACACAGAUGGGUAAAGAGGAAGUCACAGCUUUAGUCCAUGUACUCGUCUACGUACCAGAACUGAAGUACCUUGAGCUUGGCGGAAAUCCGUUGGGCCGCGGAGUGACUGAACUAAUCAAGUGUCUCAGAAGUAUUCCUCAGCUUUGUUCUCUCAAUCUCAGGGAUUUUCAACUGACAAAGAAGGAAGCCAGUGAGCUGUAUACAUUAGCAAAUGAAAGGGACAUAUCUUUAUCGUCAGCUUAUCAU